GUCGGGAUCGCCAGUUCACACUUGUGCUGCUGAAGCGCGCGGGAAGCGUGCGCGCGCUCCGUCUCACCAGAUACACACAACAAGAAACAAAACUAAAAAAGGAUGAGCCUCGAGAAGGAAAGCAAGGCACCUGCUGACCGCGGGCAGGCGGUCGCCCUCAUCGUCUUUGUGCUCGGUCUGGGAAUUAUGAUGCCGUGGAACUUCUUCAUCACAGCCUCUCAGUAUUUUAAUGAGCGCCUCAGCGUUGUCAACGUCACCGGUGUCGCCACUAAAGACUACCGGUACGACAACUGGAUGACGCUGCUCUCCCAGCUGCCGCUGCUCCUCUUCACCCUGCUCAACUCUUUCCUGCAUCAGUGGGUGAGUGAACGUAUCCGUGUGGUCGUGAGCUUGUGCGGCUCCUUCCUCCUUUUCUCCAUCACCGCCGCCCUGGUCACAGUCCCCAUGCAUCCGGACACCUUCUUCUCCGUCACCAUGGCGACCAUCUGGUUCAUCAACAUGGGCAGUGCGGUGCUGCAGGGCAGUCUGUUCGGGAUGGUCGGCAUGUUUCCUCAUCGCUACAGCACUCUGUUCAUGAGCGGUCAGGGAAUGGCCGGGAUAUUCUCCGCCAUCGCCAUGCUCUUCUCCAUCCUGAGUAACGCAGGUAAAAGUUCGGCAGCGUUGGGAUACUUCAUCACUCCAUGUGCGGCCACUCUGUUGACUCUGCUCUGUUACCUGGUGCUGCCACACCUGGAGUUUGCUCGUUUCUACCUGAACAGGACUGGAGAACUGGAACUCCUCAGCAGCUCAGACAGAAAGAUCUUAAAUGAUGUCAACCUCGAAGGCAAGUCACAGCCAAGACGACUGUCCGUCCUGGCCGUGUUCAAGAAGAUCUGGCUGAUGGCGCUGUGUAUCACGUGCGUGUUUGCCGUCACACUGUCGGUGUUUCCCGUCAUCACGGUGCGAGUGCACACCAUCUACAAGGGCAACGCUACCUGGGACCGAGUCUUCACCUGUGUUUGCUGUUUCCUCCUGUUUAACUCCCUGGACUUUGUUGGACGCAGCACUCCGUCUCUCAUCCAGUGGCCGUCAAAGGACAGCAUUCUGUUUCCUGUCGCCGUGUUGGCUCGUCUGGUCUUCAUCCCUCUGAUCAUGAUGUGUAACAUCGAGAACUCCAGGUUGCCUGUCGUCUUCAGACAUGACGGUGCCUUCAUCACCAUCAUAGCCUUGUUCUCCUUCACCAAUGGUUACCUGGCAACCCUCUGCAUGGCCUACGCUCCACAGUCGUUGCGCUUUAGUCUGGAUUGUGAGACCGCCGGAUCUCUGAUGACCUUCUUCCUGGUCCUGGGUCUGGCUCUGGGAGCAGCAUUCUCCUUCUUACUGGGAAACCUGGUUUAGGACAUUUCCAAUCUCAUCCAAUGAACAUGUAAAAAAAAAAACACUGCCUUUAUUUUAUUAAGUGAAGAUAUCGUUAACUCACUGUGAUGAAUUUGAAGUUGCUCUAUUUAUGUUGUAAUGUUUCAAAUAGUUUUAGAAAGUUGUGUUCUGUGGUAUUGUGGAUUUUGGACAAUGAAAAGA